UCAUACAACGCGAGACGGUUGCGCAUUGAGCACCGCUUCAAUUCAUGCCACAAAAAAGUCAACCCAAAAAAAAGAAGUUUCGCGAUUAGGCGGAAAUUAGUCAAGCAAAUAAUUAUUCAUCUGUCUCCAGCCAGAGAGUUUGCGUAUUCGCGUGCAAUCUCAAGUGAAAAGUGACUCAAGUGUGUGUUUUGAGGGGCAGAGUCAAAGCUAAACCCGACCAGAUCAGAUCAGUUCAGAUCAGAUCAUUAAUAAAGGCAGCCUCAAGAUGAUUGAGCGACGCAGUCAACUGGACAAGAUAAUCAUCACAGCCAUGGACCGAUUCGUUUGGUUCGUCCUGCUGGUGGUGAUGUCCCAUUUGGUCACGGAGUUCACACGCGUCUCCGGCUAUGCACGCGGUCAGCGUCACGAGCUUGUGCUGCUGAACGAAACGAUGCUGCAACCGAUGCCAGUGCAGAAUAUGCUGCUCUACCCCAGCCACGAGUACGGACAGUACCAACAGCGUCCUUCCUCUAUGAACAGCCUGCAGCAGAAUGCAGCGCUGCUCUUCAGCAGCCUGGCGGCAGGAGCAGGAGCAGGAGCCGGAACAGGCGCAUCUGCUGAGCCCAGCAGCAAUGCGGCCAUGCUGGCGGUUGGUGACAGCCAGCCCGCACAUAACACGGAGCCCAGCUAUCCCCUCUUCAGUCUGCGCCCAUUAAUCGACAGCAUUUUCGAGAUUCCCAUUUCGACGCUGCGCGCUGUCAACAAUAUGGUGGGACGUCUGACCGGCGGCUAUCGGCAGGCAACGACGGAAGUGUCACAAAAAUCUGUGGCGGCAGGCACGCUCCUGCCCUUGGGCAAUCCCAGCGCCACCACCACCACCGGUUCGAAGUACUCGACGUCGCAGCGCAGGGAAAUGCGCGAGGAGAUGUCGUAACUUAAAUCCCGAUUAGUUAGUUAGUAAUUUUGGAUGAAUGUUGGAGCAUUUUCGGGUGUUUAGCGUGUGUUUGUUUUGUGUGCAUUUAUGUUUGUUUGUUUCGUAACGUUUGACAUUUGUGAUAUAUGUGACUUUGUUGUAAGACUAGCUUAAGGGCGUUUAAGUCCGACCCAAAAAAGAAAAUCCAAAAAAAGUAUAUCUAUGUAUGUUU